AUGCCCCCGCGCAGGGACUCGAGGAUCGGCGUCGAGCGGCCUUGCAGGUUCCCUUCGGACCCCGCCGUCCCUGCCGCCCGGCGACAGCGCUCGCGGACCACCACGCGCGGCCCAGGAGGCCCGGGCAGGGGCCCCAGGAAGGCGCGUCCGAGCCCGUCCCGGGACGGUCCUGCCCGGGAGGCUGCAGGGGCGAAGCCCGCGGGGUCCGCCCACGUCGCCCUGUCGCUGAGGAGGACACGCCCCACCGUCGGCGCCGCGUCCACCUCGCGGAGGCGCCGUCCUUCUCACGCGGGGCCCACGUCCCCGCCGGCGAGCGCGGGCGGCCGCAGCUCCCCGGGCCUCCCCGGCCGCCCAGCGGGUCGCAGGUCGCAAGCCCCACACGGCCGCCACGCCCCGCCGCGCCGUCGUCAGUCACGUGGGCGGCCGGUCACGUGCUCGCGCGUGCGUCGGAGGCGCCGGCGCGCCCCUCAGCCCGACGUCGCCGGCGGGGAGCCGUCGCCGCUGCGUCCUCGCCUUCGCCCCGCCCCCGGGCACGCCCCGCCCCCGGGCACGCCCCGCCCCCGGGCACGCCCCGCCCCCGGGCACGCCCCGCCCCCGGGCACGCCCCGCCCCCGGGCACGCCCCGCCCCCGCGCGCCGGAGCGCGUUUCUGCCGCCCCAGGGGCGCGCGGUGUGCGGGAGGCGGGCCGGUCCGGAGCGGGUCGGACCCGCGGGCUCCUGCGGCUCGUGCAGCGUCUCGCUGAUCUUUCUUGGUUUUUUAAGGUUUUCUGUGCGUCUGCGCCGGGCACAGGCGGGGGACGAGCAGGCGGCGCGGCGCGGUCCCCGGACCCCGGGCCCAGGACCCCAGCCGGAGGCGGACGCCCCGCGACCGAGCCCCGGGGCUCAAACGGCGCUUCUCGGGAAGCGGCUGCCGUCGGGGACGGUCCGCUCCGCCCUCGGGCGGCGCGCGCGCUCGGAGCCGUCGGACGGGCCGUGUGAGCCGAGGAGCCGGGGCGUCCGGCGCGGGUGCGGGGCCGAGGGCCCUGCCGGGGCUCGAGGGUCCCUGGUGGCGGCCAUUCCGUGUCCGGCCGGGGAGGAGCGAACCCCCUUCUCGUGCGUGAUUCCUGCGUCGCACUCGGGGGCCGCACACUCGGCUGCUUGGUUCCCGCGACGUGCGCUCCGCGGGGCCGCGAGGUGCUCCUGGAACCCGCGGGCCGGCGGCGCGGGCCGAGCUCCUGUUGGGAAACAGGCUCUUUCAGGGGCACUUGCCGGCGCGUCCGUGCAGCACGCGACUCCCUUCCGCUGCGUUAGCGCGCGAGCACAGGCUGGCAGAACGGCAGCAGAGGCAGAGGGAGAAGCAGGCUCCCUGCCCAGGAAGGAGCCCGACGUGGGACUCGAUCCCUGGACCCUGGAAUCAUGACCUGAGUGGACGGCAGACGCUUAACCCACUGAGCCACCCAGGCAUCCCACGGACAACAAAUUUUUUACAAAAAUACUUCUUUGCAAACAUUUUGAGAAGCAUCUCUCACCCAUUUUACAUUUAUUUGAUCUCUGUAAAUGGGGUCAGGGUAUGAAGCGUGAAUUUUUCCUCAUA